AUGUAUUAUCUCAAGUCGACAUUGGAGGGUGAUGCCGCACGUCUCAUCGCUAACAUCAGAGUCACAGGUGACUCUUUCGCAUCUGCAUGGGACGCUGUUGUCCAACAAUACGACAACAACCGUCUUCUCAUCUCGGCGCAACUUGAAAAGAUGUUCAGCAUCAGACCAGCUGACAGCAACUCCACCAAACAACUCAAGGCAAUCAUCAACAAUGCCAACGAGGCAGUGCAAGCUCUUAAGGCUCUGGGAUCACCAACUGAGCAAUGGGACAGGAUCCUAGUCCAUCUCAUCGUCCAGAAACUAGAUUUCUCAUUACGUGAGGCCUGGGAAGUUCACUUAGGCACCUCUACUGAAUUUCCUACCUACGAAGACCUGCACACGUUUCUCACUGGUCGCGCAAGAGCUCGUGAAGCCAUGGAGUGCGGCUUCUCACCACGUAAGCAUCAGUCUGACUUACGUUCGAACAAGAGCCACAAUUGCCGGAUCUCAUCGGCGCAGGUUUAUGUCGCUACUACCCAUGACCAGUCUCACCAACAUCAGAAUCAGUCUCAUCAAGCUCAACCACCGUCUUACCAUUCACCCCGCAGCCAGCAAUCUCAGCCGCUUAAGUCUCAAUCGAACUCGUCUCAGUCUCACCUUGCAGCAUCCAAGCACACACUUUCUUUCAAAUCUGAUUUCUGCCUUGCUGUUCACCAUCGUCUGUGUCGCAACUAUCUCGGCGAUCACAGCUUUGAAAAUUGUCGCUCCAAGGACCGUUGCAAGUGCAAGGAAUGCGAUGAGCCGCAUCAUUCAAUGCUGCACUAUUCUCGUCUCAUGAGGCUGACAAAGAAGCCACCAGCAGUUAAAGAUGAAGCAUCAACUUCCUCACCUCCACCUGUAGCAGCUUUCAUCUCAUCUGCCAUCAGCCGUGCUUCAGAUCACAAAGCAGUGUCAUCUCGACCAACAGUGCUGUUGGCAACUGCACAAGCUCUCAUUUCUCACUCAUCAGGGUCCUCUCAUCGUAUCAGAGUUCUCAUUGAUCCUGGAUCAGAACUUACUCUGAUUUCUCAAGCUGCUGUUCGCACUUGCAGUCUCAUCGCUCAGUCAUGCCGUGUACUUCCACAAGGAGUUGGCAACGUCUCAUCAGGAAAAACCGAAGGUAUAAUCUUAUUUAUACUUCGUUCUAGUAUUUCAUCAGAACAAGCACCUCUCAACGCUUACAUUCUCAAGAAAAUCACAGCAAAGAUUCCAUCAGUCUCAAUCUCACCAACUCUAUGGUCUCAUAUUCAAGAUCUAGAACUCGCUGAACCAGAAUUCCACAAAUCUGGUAAAAUUGACCUUCUCAUCGGGGCAGAUUUCUACGGUCAAAUCAUACGACCUGGUCUCAGAUCAGGAAGUUCCUCAGAACCGAUUGCCAUGAAAACUAUGCUCGGCUAG